GCACGCGAGUGGGAUGGAUGGAUGGAUAGAUGGAUAAAGUUUCAUAUGCUUUUUACGAUUCGAGCGAAAUUUCGAUAUUUGUGGCAGGAGAAAUUGUAACACGCGAACACGAUUGAGAAUUUGAAAAGAUAGGAGAGAAGGAUAUUGAGGAUAGAUGGAAAGUGUUGGAAGGAUGGGAAGAAUUCCGACGUUUUUGUUGAAGACGAAGAGUGUGCCGAAUGAUGGGUAUGAGGAGAGGUUUGAGGAGGUGAGCUUUAAUGCGGUGAGGUAUGGAGGAGGGGUGGAGGGGAGUGAGAGGGGGUUUGAACCGACUUUUGUGCCGGUGUUGGAGCAUAGGUUUGUGGAUGAGGGGGUGGAUGAGGUGAAGAGGUUACUUAAGGAGAGGGGCAUUGGGAGAGAAGAGGGGAAGGAAUACGGAGGCUUGAUUUUUACAAGUCAGAGGGCUGUGGAGUUAUUUGCGAAGUUGGUGGAGGAGGGGAGAAGUGAAGAUGACAGCGAUGAAUGGCCAUAUUUACAAAACAUACCAAUCUAUACCGUCGGCCCAGCUACAUCGCGAGCAUUGCGAUCGAUACCCCAAACCCCCGCGUUGAAUAUCUUUGGUGCCGAAUCAGGAAAUGGAGAAGCACUGGCGCAUUACAUGUUAGAACACUAUGGGAAUUGGUACAAAAAUCGCUGCGUAAAGCCAUCUCUACUGUUCAUGGUUGGAGAACAGCGAAGAGAUAUUAUUCCUAGAACAUUGAUGGAUCCCGAACUAUCAGAUGGGAAACGGAUCCAAGUCGAUGAACUGGUUGUUUAUGGUACGGGAGUCAUGGAAUCGUUCGAAGAAGAUUUCAAAGCUCUAUUGAAGGAGACGGAACAUAGGGAUACGAGAUGGGUGGUUGUUUUUUCACCGACAGGAUGCGAUGCUAUGUUACGAUCACUAGGCAUGUUAGAUUGCCAAACGGGGAGAAUCAAACGAGCGAAUGAACAGGAGGAUGGAAAGAGGAAGACUUUUAUUGCGACGAUUGGUCCUACCACGAGGGAUUAUCUCAAGAGUACGUUUGGUUACGAACCAGAUGUUUGUGCUGAGAAGCCAAGCCCUGAAGGUGUAAUUGAGGGGAUUCGGAAGUUCUUGGACAAUAGGUAGUAGUUAACGAUUGAAAGAUUCUUGACACAUGGUCUGCUUGUUUGGGUUUGAAGUGCAGGUUUUUAUGUAAUUUGCGGAUUGGUGAUACUGUGAUACAGCACAAUGACUUGAUGCAAUGUCGACGGGAAUCCAUUCUGAAGGUUGACCUCGUUGUCGUACAUAAAAUCGUCCGAUGGUUUCA